GUAUGUACAUUUGUUUUUAAAUGUAUUUUAUAUCGCGGACAAGUGGCUUAUCUAUGAUAAUAAAAACCUGCUCUUAUUUGGACAUUUAAUGUAAAUUUCUAACAAAAAAUCUUCAAAUAGAUAUGUAUAGAAUUUUUCAAUAAUUCGAACAUAAAACUUAGUACCUAUUGGGUUUAAACCGGAACUACAGCUUUGAGUGGUUACGCCAAUAAAGUAAGUACAAGGCUCAGCAUCAUUUUUAAAAGUAUUAUAAUACAUACAUUUCAAAUAAUGGAAAGUCCUGAGACAGUAUCUUCUAGUAACUCACAUGGAGCAUCAGACAGUGAUUCAAGACAAUAUGAAGAUACGUCUGUCCUCGAGAAUGAAGAUGUUAAGGAAAUACAAGAACAAGUUCUUGCAAAUCUAGAGAAGCCUAAUCUGCCAAAUGUAAAUGUACCAGAGAAAAUAAUUGUCUGCUUAGAUGUUUGCUAUGACAAUCCAAAUUCUCUAUACCGUUUUGGUGAUGGCACAACAUUUUCUCCAAUCAAUAUGUUGAAACGAAUACUUGAUUUCUUUUUUCAUACAAAACAUGCAAUCAGCAAGAAAACUGAAUUUGCAUUGAUAACACUUCAAGAUGCAGGUGCAUGUUGGACCCAGAAUUUUACAAGCAAUGUUAAAGAUUUAAUCAGUGCUAUUGAUUAUGCACAUGCUGAAGAAGCUACAUCAGACACUUUUGAUUUUGAAAAAGUAUAUGAACUAAUAAGACAUCAUAUAGAAAUUCCUAUGAUGAAACCUGGAGAAUCCUUACUGCCUCCUCCUUAUAUCGUCAGACUUCUGAUUUUAUAUGGAAGAUCUAAUUGUGUUCCAGUAAUUCCUCAUGAAGACCCAUGUUUCCAAUAUAUAAGAAGUCAGAUAUAUUUUUAUACAGAUAUUCUGUUGGCACAUGAAGAUGAUUGUGCUACGCAUAAAUGUGAUGAAAUAUAUGAUGCAUUACAGGAUCUUGAUAAUGGCUAUUCUUAUGUGUUUGAGGUAUCAAGAAAUGCUACUAAAAUACAUGAUUGUAUUGCAAAAUUGUUAGCACAUCCACUACAGAGGCCCUUGCAAAAAAAUACAGACUAUUCUUUCGGUUCAAGAUACUAGUAUGUAAAAUGUUAAAAACUAUCCUCUUAAGUGUCUAUUUGAAAAGGGUUAUGAAAGUAAAUGAAAAUUUGUAAGGCUAUUAAUAAAUAUUUAUUUUGAUUUGUUAGACAUUCUCUUUCUCUCAUAUUAAAAGAUGAUAUUCCAUAGGACUUUCAGAUUUUAAAUAUACAUACUUCAUUUUAGAGUUGUCAUUCUUCUCACUGCUCAAUGCUUAGUCAUGUUUUUUAUAAACUGAAAUGAAAUUUAAAAUACUGCUAGAUGACUUAAAAUGUAACUAUACAUUCGCACAGCCAUCUUUACCUUACCAAUAGAUAUUUUUUUAUCAUGUGUAUACUAUAAAGUUGAAUAUGCCACUACUGUGCUUUUAGAUUAUAAAGUUGUUAGUAUUCAAAAUGCAAGACAUUUUAGAUACAAUUUUUGAGCAAAGUAAAUUCUAUAAUGAGUAAAUUCUUUUUUUUAAUUUACAAUUUUGGGGCACAAUGUGUCUUACAAUAUGUCUAUGUAAUGUAAAAGAAAUGCAGACUUAAAUUAUAAGCACAGAGAAAAUGCUUUUAUUAAAAAAGUAAUAUACUAACCACAUUUUAAGAGUAAAUAAUACAAAGAUAAACAUAACAUUUAAAUAACUCGUAAAAAUAUUUAUCUAUUUACAAUGAUUAGUAACUGAAAGCAAAGUAGCCCUUUGGAUUUAUGUUCUAUGAUAAGUAAUUCAAAUUUAUGUUAUAAUGGCCAUUAAAUGUAAAUGUUAAAUAUCAAUAUUCUCAGUAUCAAUAAAAAGUUUUGUUUAAACAUUUC